UCCUACGGCGCACCCGCCCCUGCUUCCUACGGCGCACCCGCCCCUGCUUCCUACGGCGCACCCGCCCCUGCUUCCUAUGGCGCACCCGCCCAUGCUUCCUAUGGUGCACCCGCCCAUGCUUCCUACGGCGCACCCGCCCCUGGUGCCUAUGACGCUGGUUCAUAUGGUCCUGGUGCACCCGCGGCCUAUGGUGCCAGCUCCAGCAGCGCUGGUGGCUAUGAGUCUGCUACCUAUACCUCGCAGGCUGCAUACCCAUAUGGAAACGUUGCACCCACCCAGGAGUAUGCCUCUGCUACCUCGGCACCAGCAUACACCAUCACCAUGAACAUCCCCGGUUCGACUGUCACCACCGUCGUUCGCGGUCCUGACUGCACUGUCACCGUCACUGACCCUGGAAACGUUAUCACCGGUACUAUCCACGACCCUGAUACCACCCAGACCAUCCACUGCGCCGGCAACACACUCACCAACUUUGUCACUGACCCACCGACCUACGUGACCAAGUCAUGCAAGCUGUCCCCCGUGACUGUCUCAUGCAUCCACGCUGGUGACGUCAAGACAGUCACCAUCGUCAACCCAUGCAGCACUGUCACCUCGCUUGCUCAGGGCCCUCCGGCCACUGUCAGCUGCGACUCUGGCAACGACACUGAGCCAACCGUCACCCUGACCGUCAACCCUUGCGAUGAUGGCUCCAAGAGGCACAAGAAGCACAAGAAGGCCAAGAAGUCCGAGUGUUCGGAGGAGUGCCCCAGUGAGACGUCCGAGGUGUGCCACACUACUCCCACCUGCGAAAACGAGUGCGAGACCAGCUCCAAGAAGCACCACAGGAAGCACAAGAAGGGAAAGAAGUCCACUGAGUGCUGCACCCCAGUGUACACCACCCACAUUUACACUGAGGCCUCGUCGAUUGUCAACACGCCCGGAGAGACCGUGUGUGCGACUUCCUCUUGCUAAAGCUGCCAAGAAAGCUGCUCCCUGACGGCAUCUCCGUCUGGCAAUAGGUCAUACACAUUGCACCUCUUCCAGCUCAUCAUCGCGCAGUGUGAUCUGGUAAUUGCAAAUGUUGGCCUUUGGCAUACUGGUGUCCAGUGACUUUUCAUUUUUUGCUUCUUUAUAUUUCCAUACAUUAGGUUUUUUGGUGUUACUUUCUCUCGCUAUGUGGCUCAGAGAAUAUAAAAAAUAAAUU